AUGGCGAGGGGGGGUGCUGCCUCGGUGAGUGGACCUGCCACUACUCCCGCAGCUGCUGCGGCUUCUGCUGCAGGCGCUGCUGCUGCGUCGACAUCUCUCGCUGCUCCUUCGGGGGCCCCCCAGGGGCCUCCAGCUGCAAAGACCCGACCCUCUAUAGAACAUUCAGAGCAGUGGGUAGGUAGAGGGAGAAAGGAGGGCUCUUACACUGCAGCAAGGGCUGCAGCAACUCGAGGGGGGGCCCGGGGCACAGCCCAGUGGAAGGCAAAGAACCCUGCUUCCUCUUCUUCUUCUUCUUCUUCUUCUUCUGCGCAGCAACAGCAGCAGCAGCAACAGCAACAGGCUACACCUGCCACAGCAGCAGCAGGCAGCAGCGCACAGAAAACCCCUCCUCCUGCUUCCCUUUCAGACCCGCGUGUUGCUUCUCAUCUCUCCCUUGUACGCGAUAUAAGAAUGACGUUUCCCUCAGAUGAUGUUCGUUCUGCUUCCCCAAGGACAGCAAGCAUGGUAGAGUCUGUACACCCCGUGUUAGAGUGCUACAACUAUAGUAAGCAAGAUGUGCUGCAGCUCGUACGCCGUCUAGAGCACAGAGAAGACCUUAUUCACAGCGAAGUAGCCAGGGUUAUAGAAGAAAGCACAGGUCAUGAACAGGGCUCUUGGAAGAUGGUCGGCAAGAAGCAACAGCAGCAGCAGCAACAGCAGCAGCAGCAGCAGCAGCAGACAGCAAGGCAGCAACCUAGGGGGUACAGACAGGGCAGAGACGGAAGGGGGUUCGAAGGACGCAGACAGCAGCAGAGAGGACAGGGGAGGCGCACAAACUCCGAGAGAAGACACAACGGGAGAGAGCAGCAAAGUAGAAGACCGUCUCAGGGUCAAGGUGAAGGGAAUGCAGAGGCGCAGCAGGCUCAUCAGAGCCCAGAAGUGCAGCAGUGCGACACAGAGCAGCAGCAGCAACAGCAGCAGUGUGCAGACGGUACUAGUCCUUCAACCAGUGGUGUGAAGCACGAGCAGCAGCAGCAGCAGCAACGCGGUUCUGCGCCCCCGAAGGGAGACACGGCCUCCCCGCCAGCAGCAGCAGAAGCAGCAGCAGCAACAGCAGCACAACCGAGGACUUGGGCUGCUCGCCUGGUGCGGCCGGCGCCGCAGCCGCAGCCGCAGCAGCCGGCAGCAGCUCCAGCAGCAGCAGAACCCUCAAAGGGUGCAGCAGCAGCAGGAGCACCAGCAGCAGCAGCAGCAGCAGCGAGCCCCAAGGCAACAGCAGCAGAUGCGGCACACCGAGGCAGACGCACUCCAUGUGCGCCUUCGCCGCGGUCGCAUUCACCUGCUGCUGCUGCUCCCGAGCAGCAGCAGCAGCAGCAGCAAAGUCAGGCCUUGAUGCCGCCAGAUGCGAGUUCAGCAGCGCCUUCCCCCGCCUCCAAGCGGGAGGUGUCUCCUAUUGCUGCUCAGGGCCGGUCGAGGAGCCCAUCUCCUGCAGCAGCAGCAGCAUCCGCGGCAGCAUCACCAGCAGCACCCGCGGCAGCAGCACCCGCAGCCGCUUCAGCAGCAGAAACAGCAGCGGCGAUCCCGCCGCAUUCUCCCAAGCCGGAUACGCCUGCAGCAGCAGCAACAGCAGCAGCAGCAACAGCAGCAGCAGUGCCUUCUGUGACAGUGACGCCCGCAGAGCCUGUCGUUAUGCCUGCUAGGUUUAGAGGGCCCUCUUCCUUCGGCUCUAAGGGGUUGGUCUUUGGCUCUGUCUCUUCUUCAUUCGAGCCUUUCCAUGCGACUCAGCAGCAGCAGCAGCAGCAGCAGCAAGCAGCUGCGCCGGAGCCGCAGCAGCAGCAGCCGCAGCAACAGCAGCAACAACAGCCGCAGCAGCAGCAGCAGCAGCCGGGGGGAGAGUAUGGAGCGUCAACUGGCGCUAUCUACCUGCCGCAGCAGCAAGAGCAGCAGCAGCAGCAGGAGAUGGAGCGCAUCUUCGAGAUAGAAGCAGCACAGCGAAAAGCUGCUCAGAAGCAGCAGCAGCAGUUGCAGCAGCUGCAGCAGCCCCAGACGGAUCCAGGUCAAAAGGCGGUCUCCCGCUCCGUUGUUGAGCAGCAGCAGCAGCAUAUGCAGCAGCAGCAGCAACACAUGCAGCAGCAGCAGCACAUGCAGCAGCAGCAGCAGCACAUGCAGCAGCAACAGCAGCACAUGCAGCAGCAACAGGAACAAAGGCUACACCACGACCGUCAGCAGCAGCGGCGAGGGCAGCAGCAGCAGCACCACUAUGGGCAGCAGCAGCAGCAGCCGCACCACUAUGGCCAGCAGCAGCAGCAGCAGCAGCAGCAGCAUCACCAGCAGCCGCAGCAUUACGCCCAGCAGCAGCCGGGCCGCGGGAGCUGGGGAGACGCCAACGGCUUUAAUCGCAGCGUGGGACCUCUAAUGCAGCAGCAGCAACAGCAGCAGCAGCAGCAGCAAGGGAAGCAGCAGCCUCCCCCUCCUCCGGCGGGAGGUGCUUUGGAUGGCUCUGCUCAUCAGCAGCGGCAGCAGCGCGAGGAAAUGAAGCAGCAGCAGCAGCAGCAGCACUACAGCAGUGGGAAGGCCACCCCUGGGCAGCAGCAGCAGCAGCAGGCAGCAGCCGCUGCAUACAACAACUCGCACGCCUUCACACCCCCUCCUGGGCUAGCCCCCAACCUGACGGGGCAGCCAGCAGCAGCAGCAGCAGCAGCAGCAUACAGCUACCCCAACUAUCAUGGGCUUACAACAUAUCCGCAGUAUAACAGCGUCUACUACGGUCACGGCAACCUGCUGCCGCACUACGGUAUAAUGGGGGGCCCCUAUGGAGCAAAGGGGGGCCCCGGGGCCCUCCCUCAGGGAUAUAUGCACAACUACCCGCCAUACACUCAUCAAGAUUCGUUUGAUGAUGCUGCAGCAGCAACUGCAGCAGGAGGAGCCCCUACAGAGAUGUACGGAGGUGCAGCAGCAGCAGGUACAGCCCCUGCUGCUGCUGCUGCAGGGGCAGCCCCGCAAACACCCGGCGUUGUGCUGACCCCCGCAGCAACAGGUGCAGCAGGAGCAGCAGGGGCUACAGUGGGAGGGCCGCAGCAGCACCAGCAGCACGCUGCAGCAGCUGCAGGAGGAGCAGCAGCAGCAGCAGCAGGGCAAGGCGUCUCUACCUUCUAUAACCCCAGCCUCCAUGUGGCUGGCGUUGCAGGAGCAAACCCCUAUCCUGCUGCUUCAGCUUCAGGAAAUGCUGCUGCACCUCCUGGCUUCUCAGGCAGCAGCUUCCAGCACCCGCAGCUCAAGGUAGGAACCCCGCCUGCAAGCGGCAGCGCGGGAGGCGCUCAGUACCACUACAGCAGCAGCAGCAGUGGGGGGCCCCCAACCAGCAGCAGCAGCUCGGGAGCCCCUAUUGGGGGGAGAGCGGAGCAGCAGCACCAGCAGCAGCCGCAGCAGGGACAGCUGAAUAGCAACUCGGUGAUGUCUACCCAGUACGGAAAGAACAGCAACUUCAAGCAGCAGCAGCAGCUGAGCAGCACAUACCACCGUGGGGGUAGCAGCAGCAGCGCGGACCAGCAGCAGCAGCAGCAGCAGCAGCAGCAGGCUGCAGUAGCCGCGGCAGCUGGAGGUUACUACAACUACAACGCGUACACCCACUACUCUCAGCCUCCUGGGCUUGCUAGCAACUUCUAUCAGACCUCUUACCAGCAGCAGAAUCAGAACUACUCUAGUCAGGGACGUCAAACAUACGGCAGCUAUUCAAACCCUUCUAUGUGGAGUUAA